AUGGAACAUCGCUCUGCUAACGACAUUUAUACGCAAACUAUGAAAAAUCACGAUUUUGAGCCUGCUCCGAGCGAGGAAAAUCGUGUCAAUAGCCCAGACAGCAUUUUUUUACAGCAGGAAAACGAAAAUAUGCGACAUGUACAGAAUACCGAGGAUGACAGCGGGGAAUAUCGUUUUGAUUCUGGAGGAGGAGCCCCGGGUCACGGUCAACGUACGCCCGCCGAUCCUCUCGACGAAACGCCGCGGUCGUUGUCGCCUUUUGACGAUAACCUCAAUGUCUUCUUACAGUCGAAUGAUGCCAAUGGACAAUCCACUGAAACAUUCUAUCAAGGCCACUUGGCCCUAGAUGUCGAAAAUGAGGGCCUUUCAAUGAACAUACAUCUAUUAAACGACAGAGAAUCCAGAGACUCAACCAAUAGUGUUUCUCACCCCCCUUACUGGAAAGAGGGAGAUGCCGCUAUUCAUGGGUUUGCAACGCACCUUCAGUCGUUUGAGAAUUUGGAAUAUUCUGUCAACGAUGUAGGACAAGGGGAGAUUUUGACUUCGGGGCCACCGAAGAACAAUGAAACUCGCAAUCCGAUGGAAGUAAAAUGGCUUCAUCUGCAGGGUCCCACGAUGAAUCUUAAUGUUAUGGUGAAACACAUUAUGGAAUGCCACUUGAUUGGCGACGAUGUAAGAGCUGUUACCAUGACACUUAUGAAGAAAGUUGGAGAAAAGUUCGUACGACACUCUGAAACUGGGCCUUAUAUCGAGCCCGGCGCUGUGUUAAGGGGUGUCGGUAUUUACCCUAAGCCAAGCUCUGGUUCCCUUUCACAAAAGUAUCGACCAACCAUUCCCGUUGUUUUUGGUGCCUCGCCAUACCUGAGGUUGGGUCCUUUGAGCGCACACCGAAACUCGGCUAAAAAGGAUGACCACCGUCCUCGCACACUUUUGCAGAAUCUCUAUGGAUUUGAUAUUAUUCCAAAUCGCGAUGGAACUCAAAUUGUUCGAAAAAUAGGCGACGGUUCACAUUUGGAUGAUGUGUUUCAUGUGAACCAGAUGUGGUGUCUUCUGAUUGGCUCCACCAUCUUGAUCACCAUGUCGGAUCAUACAACGAGAGAGCUUCUGGACGGAACAAUUGGAAAAAGAAUCUUGAGCCAUGAAACGCCGAUCAAAAUUAAGAUCAUUGAUGGCGAUAGCAAUAAAUAUUAUGAUAUUGCCAUCUCAUCCAACACGACGUGGGUUGACCUUUUCAACAUUACUAUGGACGCCGUUCAUAAAGAGAAAACCAGUUAUCACGACUAUGAUUUGAGAGAUGAUAAGAGGGUGAUCUUGACUGCUGAAAGGUGGAUUGAGAUUGCAAAAUCACCAAACUCACAGAAACUCAAGUGCUAUACUUUCUAUCUCACUCGGAGAUUGAGCAAUUCGGAUAAAUUGAUGCAUAUGCGUUUACUGGAGAAUGGCCGUCCCGAUACUUCUGGCACAACGGAUAAGUCUCCAACAAGGGACCGACGCAGUGGCACAUCUUUCGGCUCUGUGACUUAUUCCAGGAGAGGAUCUAAUAUUCACCCACCGAAAGAUCAAGGUUCAAUAAACGUCGUUUCCAGCCCAACAUUGCUAGGUCAGGAUGGACCUGGUAUCAUUAUGUCGUCUCCAGAUCCCCAAGAAUCGGGAGAUAUUUGCCCUACUAGUGGAGAUCUUCUGCAGGACACAUCAACAUUACAAAAGAAAGAAGUGAUUAUAGAUGACGGUAUAAAAACACCACUGGGCAUCAACAUCUCUCCAAAUAACAGAGAAUCGCCCCAGCCUUCUUACGUUGCGAAUCCGGCCUAUUCCAAAGACGAUGUUACAAGUAAUACAUCAGAUAUUGACGAAAUAAUUGAUCUGACAGAGACGAAUAAAUCUCAACAGAAUAUCGGGAGAACACGGAGCAUACAAGUUGAGCCAGGUUCCGAAAUAUCAGUUGAAACCUUCUCUUCUGUACAAGAGGAUGACCGUGCUGCAAGCAGAGAAAUUUUUCCCAAACAACAGUUCAACAAUAAGCAUCGCCAAAGCCAGGCAUCGACGUCUUCUCUCAUCUCAAACCAAUUCUCAAAGGAAGAUGCGGGAUACGUAUACUCUAAUCGCGACGAUACGCUGUUUUACUAUGCACAUCAACGCGGUGGCCCCCGACAUCAAUCAUUGGAAUCAAGCAUUAUCGCCAAUGCCACCGCCGAAUAUCCCCGAAGACGGGAUUUCGCAAAUAAUGGCAAAAAGGUAGACCAGGGAAAUGCACCAAAUACUGGUAACAGAAUGUGGGGUGCCGAACCUCAUUCACACCAUGAGAAGCGAGAUGUUUUUGCUAAACAGGCACCAACUAAUAGUAUGAGAGACUGGACAAACGACAAACAAAAUACCGUUAAGCUUCAGGAAUCGAGAAUUUCAAGAACCGUUCCAUUUUUCUUAUGGGGGCCUUGCAUUCCAAUGAGCUCCACCACAUUGCGAAGUGCGAAGGAGGCAGACAUGAUCAAACUUCUUAAUGAAGCAGACAAGGCUAUUUCUACUAGCCAAUUAGGGAUUUACUAUUAUGGGAAAAUUCCUGAACUCACAGAGGAGGAUUUCCUGUAUAGACAAGACGUUUCGAACGGAUCCUCACCUGGCGAUCUCAGUAUUAAGAGAGAGCGCCCUACUCAUCAGCAUACCGGUCCGAUGACAGUCGAUAACUCAGUAAAAGGCCAAGGUUCAGUGAAUAGCGCACCCAAUACUGUCCAAGUUAACAAAAACGUCCAAAUGCACCAAGAACAGCUAAACCCCACGGAAGGAGUCAAGCAGAACAAUACUGGACCAGAAAGGAAGAAUUCCUCUACGGUACGAGACGAUAUAGCAUUGAAUCAAGUGCGAUCGUUGGGAAUUUUGAGCCCCGACAAGGAGCUUAUGGAACAACUCGUCGAGAUUAGCCGACAGAUUUUGCGGUCCUUUACACCAAAGACGGGAAGUUCCACCGUGCAUACUCUUUUAAAACGCUUCUGGGGUUGCCUGGAUAUAAUACGCCUGCAACUCAUGUGGGAGGAAAGUGAGCGUGAACCGCAUGAUGUGCCAACUUAUAUCAUUCGCGAUUUUUCUGCCAUUCUUCAAAGAGCAGGCAGAAAACAUUCUCCAAACUCCCAAAAGACUCUUUUGUCUAAGUGCGCGGCCUGUAAAGGUGGGAAGCAUUACUCUUCAGCGAAAGAGGCACUGGACCAUCUACACGAUGAACAUCUCGAAUGUCACCACAAAUGCCAAAGACCAUACGAUGAUCCAUGCUAUGCAUGGCUACAUCGCAUUUGGCAUUCGAAUUAUCCUGUUCGAAACGAACGUAAUGACCUGCUUCGCAACGUACAAGAGUUUGUAAAAGAGCUCUCCGGAAUUUUAGCCCAUAUCAAUGAACUACAUGCCAUGGUGACAUCUAGGGAAGAUGAAUCAAUGGGUGAUUUGGCAGUAAGACCGCCUUUACCGAAAGAGAUACUUCAUGUGUUCCAAAAGAUUGUCCAAGUGUUUGUCCUUCGCUCAAAAACACUCUCGUUUAUGACGAGAAGCAAAAGAUCUUCUGGAGUUGAACUAUCGGAGAUUUCGGCCAAGAUCAACGAGUUGAAACGAUUUGAGGAAAGUGCUCAAAAAAGAAUAUUGGAGUUACUGGACGACGCUAAAAGAGAUAUCUUUCUAUCCGGCAAUACCUCUAGUGACACGGGGAGGCCCCAGCUUCAGAGAGUUGGAGCCGAAUUAUUGGCCCUGGCUUUCAUUUGCAAGGGCCAUAAUCUGCUGUUCGAGCCCAAGGCCUCGACUUCACACCACAACGAGAACACUUUGGAGUUGUAUAAGCAUUAUACCUCCGAGCUUCACUUGCAGGCCAAUCAGCGCCCUCAAAAACGAGUCUUUCUGGAUAUUCGCGAUCUCGAAGAAGAGCUUGACGCUUUGGACACUCUGCUGAGCCACCAAAGAGAUUGCCUGCGUAAAUUCGCCAAAUCCAUAUCUCCCGAUACGCUCCGACUUACUACCAUGACACGAGUUGCUCAAGGUAAAGUCGAAAGUGCGUACAAAGACAACCACACCCAGCAGCUUGACAUACGAACACAAGAGAUACAGAAUAUGAAGACAAGAUCGAGAUUUUUAAAGGAACAAGUGAAGCAGACAAUUGAGAUAAUGGAGGAAGAUCAUGGAAAAGCCAUCAGAGUGUUUACAAUUGUAACGCUAUUUUUCCUACCUCUAUCAUUUGUGUCGAGCUUCAUGGGCAUGAACACAGCUGAUGUGAGAAAUAUGAAUCACAAGCAGGGACUUUUUUGGGCUACCGGAAUACCAGUCACCAUCUUCGUGCUGACAAUGGCAUGCAUUUACGGGUAUAAAGGCGAUGAAAUCCGUGAUUGGGUGAUCCAGCAAUCUCAAUGUCCGAAAAAUAACAAUUCGCGACUACCAGUUGAUGGAGGAGGCGAUGGGGGAGGGGAUAAGAUGUAUACGUGUGAUGUGACCUGUCUGCCUACUACCAAGAAGCCUCGACGAGCUGCGCAUCAAAGAAGGUCCAAGUCGAGAAAACAGCCACACAAUAAUGAGGGCGAUGAUGGAAACGAACAGCAACGGGACGGGAUUCCUCCCUUGGAAAGAGAGGAAACUCUCAAUAGCUUGACUCUUUUGAAGCACAGUAGUGGCAAUGGGGAGGUUGAAUACGAUAUUUCUCGGAAAUGGCAAGCAUUGUGUCCUGCCAUGUGGCGUGGGUAUUCAGCCGCAGCUAGCGGAGAUGAGUCCCUAAGCGUCUAUCAUAUCAACAGGACCUACGAGUCCUCCAUAGGGCCAUUCCACGCAUCUAUUGAAGUCGAGUCGACCUGGUUACUUUGUGUGCCUGGUGCUAAAAGCAGCCAGAUCAUCUAG